GGGUUAUAUCCGAUGCUAAAAUUCUAUGCUUGGAUCGUGGAAUUCCUACGCUAGUAGAAAUCGAGUUAAAGUUCCUAAAUUCUUAUAUUAUCCUCAUACAUAAACCAACCUCAAAGUCCAGAAACUCGGUACCUAAUCGUAUAUCGUACCUAAUAUAUAGUACUGUACACUGCUUAGUUAUGCCACUAAAGGUUGUGGGAGCGGAUGGGGCGAACUAACACCCACUACUAUGUACUUAUUAGGUGGGGUAGUGGGGUUUACCUCAUGCUUGCCCGUAGGUAUCAGUGUAUCGGAAUUCUUAAGGACCGAUGAAACGGAAUGGCUUACCUAACCCAUUGAUUUUAGAUUAGCUUUAAAUUAGGAGCUUACAAGCUACCAUAGCAUGUAGGUAGCACCGGGAAAUUUCUGAGCUAUUCGCAGCCUUACAUUGGUAGGAGCUCUAAUCAGAACCUACCUAGGUAAGUACCUAACAUAGCACUGAAUCGAAAGCCGCGCCUAGUAUUUAUAACUUUACAACGUUCUAAUUCUUUUUUUUUCUUUUCUCUUCAACUAACUGCGCCUAAACGAUAACCUCAUUAAGGCCCGUGUCUACAAAGAUGGCCGAAGUAAAUAACAAGAGGAGUCACUCUGAUUUUGUUGAGAAUAAUGGCGACGACAGCUCCUCGGAUGAUGAUAUGGGACCCCAGCUGCCCUCUGCAACAGAGGCACCCAAGAAGAAACGACGCGUUUUACCGCACGAAAAGCUCUACAUCGAAGCCCUACCGAAAUCAGCGCGUUACUCAAAAUCUCUAAUGCAUAAGGAGCAACUCUCUUUUGUAAAUGUUACGCGAUCUGAUUUCCUUAUCACAACCUCUGUCGAUGGCGUAGUUAAGUUCUGGAAGAAGAUUGAGCAAGGGAUCGAAUUCAUAAAGGAGUUCAAGGCUCAUCAGGGCGAAAUACGGUCAGUCUCAGUCAGCUAUGACGGGCGGAGCUUUGCGACAGCUGGCGUUGACAAGACUAUCAAGAUAUUUGAUGUCAUCACUUUUGACCUCCUUGCCAUGCUUCCCCUUGAAUAUAUCCCUAAGUGCGUCUGUUGGGUUCACAAGCUUGGCGCCUCCUUACCACUGCUAGCUGUCUCGGACGACACAAAACCAUUGAUAUACAUAUAUGACGGCCGAGGAGAGAACCAAACUCCGAUACAUACUAUCAAGGGCCUGCAUAGGAGCCCCGUGUCGAUAAUGACUUUCAAUGACAGCUACGACUGCGUGGUAUCUGCCGACGAUAACGGAAUGCUCGAGUACUGGUCACCAAGCGCUAACUACGAGAAGCCGGACAACGUUUUCCAAUACAAGAGCUCAACCAAUCUCUUUGAUUUCAAGAAAGCAAAGUCGAUGCCGGUUUCUUUAACGAUAUCGCCCUCAGGUCAUCAAUUUGUCACCUUUUCCAUGCCUGACCGUAAGAUUCGAGUCUUCGAAUUUGCCUCGGCUAAACUAUAUCGGACUUAUGACGAGUCUCUACGGGUCAUUGAAGAGAUGCAACAAGCCGGGACCGCGAUGCAAAAGCUGGAUGAUGUCGACUUUGGAAGAAGACUCGCUGCGGAGCGCGAGAUCGAAUCUCCCUUACUUCGGAACAAGGUCAACGUUAUUUUUGACGAGUCAGGGCAUUUCAUUUUAUACGGCUCCAUUCUCGGCGUUAAAGUGCUCAACACAUAUACCAACCAAGUCGUGAAGGUGUACGGGAAGGACGAACAUUUGCGCCCGAUUAACCUCGCUAUAUAUCAGGGACAACCCCAAAAGAAAGGUGUUACAACUGUAGCAAUGGCUGCUUCAAGUAAUCCUCUCUUACAGGAGUCAGAGGCAAGAGACCCGAUACUCUUUACAACAGCCGUGGGAAAGGUUCGCUUUUAUAUGUUCACGAAUGACGAGGAGAUAUCCAGAUCAGAAAGAGACGUCCAAAAUGAGAAACCAACGAUACUAAACCUCAAGAAAGCCACUCAGAAAAAGACGGCCGAAACCGGCACAUCAGCCAUACUUCAUACAACGUACGGAGAUAUCCACAUUCGCCUCUUCCCCGACGCUGCGCCGAAGGCCGUUGAGAACUUUGUAACCCACUCCAAACGUGGAUACUAUAACAAUACUAUAUUCCACAGGGUAAUACGCAAGUUCAUGAUCCAAGGAGGAGAUCCUUUAGGCGACGGUACAGGUGGUGAGAGUAUUUGGGGGAAAGAGUUUGAGGACGAAUUUAGCACGCUCAAACACGACAAGCCCUAUACUGUCAGCAUGGCGAACGCUGGUCCAAAUACCAACGGAAGCCAGUUCUUCAUCACUACGGAGAAGACGCCAUGGCUCGAUAAUAAGCAUACAAUAUUCGGGAGAGCGGUACAGGGAUUAGACGUGAUCCAUAAGAUAGAGAACGUUCGAACGUACAAAGAGAAGCCCGAGGAGGAUAUCAAGAUCCUCAAUAUCGACAUAGCAUGAGCAUUUGUAGGCCUUAUAAUUUGGCAUGGUUCUAUAAUACUUGACUUGAUCCUAAUGUCUUUUUCAGUUUAAGAAGUUGGGGCUGGAUAUAAAUAGGCCAGCGAUCGUAUUGCUCCUAUCAGUUAUUGCUCAAGAACGUAAGAAUUGUAAAUUGAUGCGAAAGAGAUAAGAUGCCCUAUUCAUCCGAACUACCAAUUCCAUAAUUCAAC